GGCAAAGAGUCGGUCGGCGUGACUGAAGCAGUAGACCGGAGAAAGGCAUUGCGGGAGUAGAUCAUUAGAGCAAAUAAUAGCGUAUUUAUUAAUAUCUUUUUUAAAUUAUAGACUCUGGGAGUCGAAACAACGGCCGCCAUGGCUUUUUACGAGUAUGUUACUCAGGAGCAAUUAGCAGGUUUUGACAGGUACAAGUACAGUGCAGUUGAUUCCAAUCCACUGUCUGUCUACGUAAUGCACCCGUUUUGGAAUUCAGUUGUAAAGAUUUUACCUACAUGGCUGGCGCCUAACUUGAUCACUUUUACAGGUUUCAUGUUCCUUGUUCUCAACUUUAUGAUGUUGGCCUUUUUUGACUAUGACUUCUAUGCUUCAGCACCAGACCAUCAACAUGUACCAAGCUGGGUGUGGAUUUUAGCUGGCCUAUUUAACUUUACAGCAUAUACAUUAGAUGGAGUGGAUGGGAAACAGGCUCGGAGGACCAACUCAAGCACACCACUAGGGGAGCUGUUUGACCACGGGCUGGACAGCUGGGCCUGUGUGUUCUUUGUGGUGACGGUGUACUCCAUUUUUGGGAGGGGAGACUCUGGCGUGAACGUAGUCACACUCUACUACAUACUGUGGGUGGUGCUGUUUUCCUUCAUCCUCUCUCACUGGGAGAAGUACAAUACCGGUGUGCUGUUUCUUCCCUGGGGAUAUGACAUCAGUCAAGUGACCAUCUCCAUCGUGUACAUUGUGACCUCUGUGGUUGGGGUGGAAGCUUGGUACAUGCCGAUAUUGUGGAACAUCCGCUACAGGGACCUCUUCACUGUUAUGAUUCUGGGCUGCGCGUUUUUGGUAACCCUUCCAAUGAGCCUGUACAACGUGUUGAAGGCAUACCGGAACAACUCUUUGAAGCAAAGCUCUUUGUACGAGUCCUUCUUACCGUUCCUGUCCCCAGUGCUGCUCUUCAUUCUCUCCACCGUCUGGGUCUGCCUCUCCCCCUCAGACAUCCUCCAGAAGGAGCCAAGAGUCUUCUACUUCAUGGUGGGGACAGCCUUCGCCAACAUCACCUGUAAGCUGAUUGUGUGUCAAAUGAGUAACACACGCUGCCAGCCGCUCAGCUGGUUGCUGCUUCCUAUGGCGGCGGUGGUGUUGCUGGUGGUCUCAGGUGUGGUGCAGCACAGUGAAUCGCUUAUCCUGCACAUCUGGGCUGCAGUUGUAGCCCUCGCUCAUAUCCACUACGGGGUUUCUGUGUUGAAACCCCUGAACUGA